AUGCUUCCCUUGACAUGUGCAAACAUGUUGGCAUAUCAGUAAAAAUGUUGGGCAAACUUGUCUGGCAAGCAGCAUGGCAACCAUUUGAGCCAUGUACAUCUGAAUCCACUUAGAAUUCUGCUCAGUAUUCUGUGCAAGUUCACCACAUUUCUAGGCACAGGAAGCUAGUAUUUCAAUGCAAUGGGAUACUGAAAAGAUAAUUCCAUUGCAAAUUUUCCAAUUUUGCUCACCCAAUAAUACCCAUAAAAUUUGCCACAGUUUGGCCUGGCCUGAAUUCAGCACAUAGUAGCAUGAUGGUCAGCCCACUGGUAGCACAUAGGCAGAUGCAGGGAAUUAUUAUUUUGUUACAGGCUGGCAUUAGGGGUGUCUUCUGCUGGAUAGGAAACUACCCCCUGGUUGUACCAUCUGUAUGGUGCAAAUUUUCAUUGUUUUGAGGGCUUUUGUCAUUGUGGGCUGUUGUCAUUGUCUUUGAAACACACUCAACAUCUGAAGCUAUAUGGCAUCAUCUGCCUUUCACCCUGGCAGGGAAGAUGAACACUGCAGGGAAUCAAACCCACAGGUCAGUGAACCGCAGCCCUGGCAGCGCCUGUCAUGACCACUUACUGCGACGACCAUCGGCGCGUGGCGCAGGCGCUGAUGAGCCAGCCGGCGUUGUCGGAGGCCAAGCUGCUCGCUCUGAUACGACCGGCAACCGCGGCUCAGGCGGAGGCCGGUGAGCACGACCGGUCCAGGCUGAAAGCCUUCGUUGACGUGGUCAACGAACAGCUGCGGCCACUGGGGCUGGAGAUCACCAAACGGAAGUCGGAGUCGGACGGCGAGCGGAUGUACGCCCUGCUGAGCUUUGUCGACGUGCCGCCGACACGCGACAAGCCCGAGCUCCAGCUGCUCUUCAUGCAGGCCAUUGCGGGGGAAGUGUUCACCUCCACGGACGGCUGCAUAUCCUCCACGGACGCGCUCCACCUGGCGGACGGGCUGCCUUGCAAGACAACGAGCACGCAGGCGCAGUCGAUGCUGACGAAGCUGAUUGGGGACGGCUGGCUGGAGGACGCAGGGUUCGGUCAUGUGUGCCUCAGCACGCGCUGCAUCAUGGAGAUGGAGUCCUACCUCAAGCGUCACUACCCCGGCUACGUGCUCAGCUGCCCCUUGUGCAACGAUCUGGUAGUGCGCGGGGAGCCGUGCGCCGACUGUGGUAACGAGCGAUACCACAGGCCGUGCCUUCGCGAGUACAUUCAGAAGGUAGGCGCGAAAAUGUGCACGCAAUGCGGAUCCCAGCUGACGCCGGCGCCCGCCGACCGCGCCGGCUGACACCAGGCUCGGGAGAAGCGCGACUCGGCGGCAUUGUCGGCGUCAGCGCCGGUGCGAGGGCGGCGGCCUGGCUGCUCUGUUCCUGGCGGCAAGUUGUGGAGGUGGCCGCGCACUCGCACACCGCUUCGGGCUGAUAUUUUUUAACGCACAAGCUUGUAUAAAGUUGUGUCGGCUGUUUUUGCUCAUCAAUCGCGCCGUUUUCGUGAUGUGAACAGUGGAUCGAACAGUGCCGGAUGUGAGAUGGGAUCAAAUAGUUCGACGUCAUUUUGUCUGAGAUCUCAAGUAAGCAUCGAACAUUACAGGCAGAAAACGAAGCCGGGACGAAAGUUAGCCGUAUGGUCUGUAGCCCAGACCGUACAGUGGUGCCAGGGUUUCGCUUACCGGCCAGUAGGUGGCGUCAGUUAGUUUUUUGUUCAUCCGCUAGGUUCACGUCCAAGUCACGACACGGCAAACACGACACAGCUUCGGUUCAUGUUCAUGAGAAGGGCGUUGUGGUGUACGUACCUGAUGUGCCGCUUUCAAUACAUUAGCAUUUAAGGU